AUGGCCCAGGGCUGGGACACGGAGCUGUCAGGGAUGACAGCAGGCAGCCGGUCAUGGAGCACCAGCAGCGAGGUCAGCCUGGCCCCUCGCUUCCUCCUCAGCAAGCAGAACCGCCUGCUCAACGGGACCACCCAGGCCAGCCGCGCCACCUCCCCCAUGGGCCGUGUCAUCCUCAUCAACACCCCCAUCGAAGCCAGCAGCAAUGAGAGCGACGUUAUCAAUGCCAUCACGGUGGAGAAGAGCAUGGAUGGCAAGCUGGGCUUCAGCGUCCGUGGUGGCUCCGAGCAUGGGCUGGGCAUCUUUGUCAGCAAAGUGGAGGAGGGCAGUGCUGCUGAGCAGGCUGGGCUGUGUGUUGGUGACAAGAUCACAGAGGUGAACAGCGUGAGCCUGGAGAACAUCACCAUGAGCAGUGCUGUCAAGGUCCUCACUGGCAACAACCGCCUCCGCAUGGUGGUCCGGCGGAUGGGCCGUGUGCCAGGCAUCAAGUUCUCCAAGGAGAAGACAGCAUGGGUGGACGUGGUGAACAGGCGCCUGGUGGUGGAGAAAAGCGGCUCAACACCGUCGGAGAGCGGCUCUGAGGAUGGGCUGCGGCGCAUUGUCCACCUCUACACCACCUCUGACGACUACUGCCUGGGCUUCAACAUCCGUGGCGGCAGGGAGUUCGGCCUCGGCAUCUACGUCUCCAAAGUGGACCCUGGGGGGCUGGCGGAGCAGAAUGGCAUUCGGGUGGGAGACCAAGUCCUUGCAGCCAAUGGAGUCAAGUUUGAAGACAUAAGCCAUAGCAAGGCAGUGGAAGUGCUCAAGGGGCAGACCCACAUCAUGCUAACCAUCAAGGAGACGGGCCGGUUCCCAGCCUACAAGGAGAUGGUGGCCGAAUAUUGCUGGCUCAGUCGCUUGACCAACGGGCAGCUGCAGCAGCUGUCUCAAGCCUCAGAGACCAGCUCUUCCAUCUCCUCCUACUCCUCGGGGCCAGCACCAGGGGUGGUGAACGGGCUGGGGGCAGCCACCCCAGGGCCCCCCAUCCGCACCGUGGAUGUGGCCAUCUCCACAGAGGAUGGCCCACGGCGGGGCUGGGCACGGGAACGUGCCGAGCGGGCCAUGCAGACCGAGCCAGCUACUGAGGGGCUGCCAGAGAUGCGGCGCACAGUGCGGCCUCCAGAGCUGCUGCGGGACACGGCCAUCCGGGGCCAGGGUGCCCGGGAACCCCCUGGCACCCACCCACGCCGGACCUUCACCCACUCGCCCAAGACAGCACUGCUGCUCGCCCUGAGCCGGCCCCGGCAGCCCAUCACGCGCUCCCAGAGUGACCUCACUGUUGCUGAGGAGAAGCGGAAGAAGGAGAAGCCAGAGGGACAAGAGGCACGGGGUGCCCCCCCAGGGCUGCACCGCUCCAAGACCCUCGUCAACCUCUUCUUCAAGGGGAGCCGUGCCACCAGCCAGAGCUGGGCCCCCCCCAGCCAGGAGCCCCCCACCUCCGAGCGCAGGGCACGCGCCAAGUCCCCAGGGCGCCCUGAUGGGGACAGAGUAGGCGCUGUGCAGAAGUUUGUCAUCCGGAGCCUGAAGCGGGAGAAAAGCCGGCGUGCCAGCAUCCUGGGCCCUGGGGGCAUCGCCACCCUGCAGCCCAACGGCAGCGACCCCGAAGCCCGGCUCCCGCACAUCCAGGACUCCGCCUACCUGCAUGAGGGCAGCGUGGAGGAUUUGGUGCGGCCGCUUCUGGCCAUCCUGGACCGGCCUGAGAAGGUCUUGCUGCUGCGGGAUGUGAGGAGCGUGGUGGCCACCACAGACCUGGGCCGGUUCGACAGCAUGGUGAUGCCCUUGGAGCUGGAAGCCUUUGAUGCCCUGAAGAGCCGCUCAGUGCGCUCACCUGCCCUCCGCCCAGCCCACCAUGAUGUCCCCCCCAAGAGACACCUCAUCACACCAGUGCCUGAGCCCACCAUGGGUGAGGGGCACGGGCAGUCACACAGCCCCUGGCCCACCCGGCGCAAGGAGCAUGCCGGGACAGUGCCCAGUGGAGGGGCUGAGGUGCUGGGGAAGACCCGGCGGGCACGGCCCACCCUUGCACCUCUCUUCGGGGGACCAGGGGGUGAGGCAGGGGCAGCCACCAAUGGCCCUGAAGAGGCUGGCAGGGAGGAGGAGGAGGAAGAGGAGUAUCAGCUGCUCACCGUCACCCUCUCCAAGCUGAAGCACUCGUUGGGUAUCAGCAUCUCUGGCGGCAUCGAGUCAAGGGCACAGCCAGUGGUGAAGAUUGAGAAGAUCUUUCCUGGGGGAGCUGCCUUCCUCAGCGGCAUCCUUAAGGCUGGGCAGGAGCUGGUGUCUGUGGACGGGGAGAGCCUGCAGAACGUCACCCACCAGCGGGCUGUGGACAUCAUCCGCCAGGCCUACCGCAACAAAGCCAGGGAGCCCAUGGAGCUGGUGGUGCGGGUGCCUGUAGCUCCCUCGGAGUGA